GGUGAGGAAUGUUGGAUCAGUCUGUCUGAGAGGUUGGCAGAGCAGGCAGCAGAGCAGAGCAGGGUGCUCCAGCUCUAUUCCAGCUCGAGCCCCAGCCCUGUCACUGUGGCUUCUGGGGCCCCAGUCUGGGCCCUGGUGACGGCAGCAGCCCCCUCCAAGGAGGAGGACACAGUUCAUUCAUGGGAAAAUGCUCUCUUGUAGGUCUGACAUGUCCAGUCGGAUGCAGCUAAAAUCAGACAUCCCCCUAUGCCUUUGUUUGUACUUCUUGGAGGCCCAGCUCAGAAAUAAGCUCCGGAAGGCGAUACAGUUUCACAUAAAGCCUAUUUUAAUCUGACCCUGACAAAUUGCUAACUUAGUUCAUUUUCAUUCUUUAAAAACGCCACACAGGUCUUACAGUAUGUAGUGUAGUCUAUAUAGUGCUAUGACGAAUAUACUCAAAAUAUGUAUUAUGGUUAUUUCAUAGUCACAGUAACAGGAUAAUGUAUGUCAACACAUGGAGUUAGUUUGUCAUUAUAUUGAGCUCUGAGUUGAAGUCUUGGACAGCAAAGAUAAGGCUGUGUCUACGUCCCAAAUGGAACCCGAUUCCCUAUAUAGUGCACAACUUUUGACCAGGGCCAUAGGACUGUGGUCAACUCUGUUGUGCACUAUGUAGGGAAUAGGGUGUAAUUUGGGAUGCAUACUACAGCUGUAGGAUCUUAAUUUGAUCCAGUUUGCUACAGCAGGACAAUAAUCCUGCAGUAACAGGAAAUGUUAAUUAUUAUGUGCAUUAUAAUUUAUGGAUUUUUUUUGUAGGGGUUGAUUAAGUGAUAAUGUCCGAGACGCCAGUGUUUGUUGGAUAUAUUGGCACGGGUCUUGUUAGGCCCGAGUGCAUAAUCACUUUUAUACAACGGGUUACCAACAUAUUCAAAUAAUGAUUUACAUAUUUUCAUAAAAAAUGUUAUUUUGAUUAAUUUAUUCGUACUAUUUCAUCCUUCCACAAGAUAUAGUCCCGACACAAAUCUAGGGUUGCUAGAGACACGCCCCAGUCGUUCGUUCUUUUUGUUCUGUAUCUAUGGACACGACCCAGUCGUUCAGUCUUUUUGUUCUGUAUCUAUAGACUGUCAUUCGUUCUAAAUGUUCCAUUGCCAUACUGGCUGGCAACGUUCUUAUCCCUUGCUUGCUAGCUAGCCAACUACGGCUAAUUUACAGUUACGUCAAAAAAAUUCAGCCAGAAUAACAGCCAGCAAAGUAGCUGCAUUUGCGUUUGUUUAAGCUGCUUUCUAGUGACAUUUAUUUGGAUACAUCCAUAACAACGAGCUAAUGAGGCGCGAUUUCGCCUUGCAUAGAGAAUGUGCUCACUCCUCAGGACACUGUUGUUCAGAGGAGCUAGUCAACAACACAGCUACAGUAACACAGUCAUUUUAAACUGAAGCUGGAAAGACUGCACAUUAGCUUCGUUUCGUUGUACCUUUUUUCAAUUGACAUUUUUUUGUAUACAGUGGGGAAAAAAAGUAUUUAGUCAGCUGUCAAAGGACACCAGAAACUAAAUUGUAGACCUGCACCAGGCUGGGAAGACUGAAUCUGCAAUAGGUAAGCAGCUUGGUUUGAAGAAAUCAACUGUGGGAGCAAUUAUUAGGAAAUGGAAGACAUACAAAACCACUGAUAAUCUCCCUCGAUCUGGGGCUCCACGCAAGAUCUCACCCCGUGGGGUCAAAAUGAUCACAAGAACGGUGAGCAAAAAUCCCAGAACCACACGGGGGGACCUAGUGAAUGACCUGCAGAGAGCUGGGACCAAAGUAACAAAGCCUACCAUCAGUAACACACUACGCCGCCAGGGACUCAAAUCAUGCAGUGCCAGACGUGUUCCCCUGCUUAAGCCAGUACAUGUCCAGGCCCGUCUGAAGUUUGCUAGAGUGCAUUUGGAUGAUCCAAAAGAGGAUUGGGAGAAUGUCAUAUGGUCAGAUGAAACCAAAAUAUAACUUUUUGGUAAAAACCCAACUCGUCGUGUUUGGAGGGCAAAGAAUGCUGAGUUGCAUCCAAAGAACACCAUACCUACUGUGAAGCAUGGGGGUGGAAACAUCAUGCUUUGGGACUGUUUUUCUGCAAAGGGACCAGGACGACUGAUCCGUGUAAAGGAAAGAAUGAAUGGGACCAUGUAUCAUGAGAUUUUGAGUGAAAACCUCCUUCCAUCAGCAAGGGCAUUGAAGAUGAAAUGUGGCUGGGUCUUUCAGCAUGACAAUGAUCCCAAACACACCGCCCGGGCAACGAAGGAGUGGCUUUGUAAGAAGCAUUUCAAGGUCCUGGAGUGGCCUAGCCAGUCUCCAGAUCUCAACCCCAUAGAAAAUCAUUGGAGGGAGUUGAAAGUCCGUGUUGCCCAGCGACAGCCCCAAAACAUCACUGCUCUAGAGGAGAUCUGCAUGGAGGAAUGGGCCAUAAUACCAGCAACAGUGUGUGAAAACCUUGUGAAGACUUACAGAAAACGUUUGACCUGUGUCAUUGCCAACAAAGGGUAUAUAACAAAGUAUUGAGAAACUUUCGUUAUUGACCAAAUACUUAUUUUCCACCAUAAUUUGCAAAUAAAUUCAUAAAAAAUCCUACAAUGUGAUUUUCUGGAUUGUUUUUCCUCAUUUUGUCUGUCAUAGUUGACGUGUACCUAUGAUGAAAAUUACAGGCCUCUCUCAUCUUUUUAAGUGGGAGAACUUGCAGAAUUUGUGGCUGACUAAAUACUUUUUUUCCCCACUGUAUAUCAUAAAAAUGAUGCCAGCUGAUUCAUGAUUUCGACUGGCUGAGAAACGCUGCCUGCCUUUCUGUCUCGUCCCGACUCCCGACACGUUCAAUACUACGGGACAGCAGGAGAUAGAAUUUGAAUAUUGAAACAAUGUUGCAAAUGUCAGAGAGACAGACAGCAAGGUUUAUACAAAUCUCCACUGUUGCAAACUAAAUGUUAGUCUAAAAUAAAUGUGAGAUAAUAUCUAGAUGCUUUUUAUAGUGGAGAUCAAGUUUAUAAAGUGCCUGACUGUGUUGACGAGACAGUGGAUUGCGCAGUCAGAUGGAACUGUGUAAAUAGGCAUUUUAAUGUCAUAGAUUUAGCUGGUGGUAACUUGUGGAAUAGACACCGGCUGGAAUGCGGUUUUAACCAAUCAACAUUCAGGAUUAGACCCUCCCGUUGUAUAAUACAUUUUACAUGUUAGGGCAAAUCAAGUCUGACAUUUUAAAGUGGAAAUUACAAACUUUAGAAGCCUUUUUAAACCUUGAAUAUACUACAAGUUUGCAUUUCCUGCUGUACAGGAAAAUGUUCAUCAACAAAAGAGUUAUCAAAUUAAGAUCCUACAUCUGUAAGUGAGUGUUUAAAACAUUGGUACUGUACAACAUCAUCUGAAGAGUGGUCCAGAUGUCUUAGGUUUUCUACUCCCAAAAUGUCAAACAAAGAUUCCCAGAGCUCAUGUGAACUCAGAUAAGCAACCCAGUUGUUGAGAAAGAUAUGACAUGUGCUUAUACAACUGAACUUGUUGUAACAUGGAUUUGACCUGUCUAUAGUCCCUUUACCAUUGUACAGUCCACAUGUUUUCUCUAAGAAAUAUCUCAAUACUGCUACCUUUGUGGGUGUUUCAGCUAUUGAUAUACUGCCAAUUUCUUCAGAAUAUUUUAUCAUAUGCUAACCUAUACUGAAACAUACUGAAAUCACAUGAAAGAAAGAGUCAUUUUAGCUCACUUCCAAAGACAAGGUUGUGUUAUUGUGACCCAGAUAGAUCCACCAAUCAGGGCCUCUAUUUAUAUUUAUCUGCUUUGUGAUUGGUAUGGUCAAGGGUGUGUGAGAUGGAAGACAUCAGGCCAGUGCUGUGGGGAGUGACAGAAGAAAAGGUCAUAUGAUUGAUAAAGCUACGGCUGGAAACUGUGGGUGGGAAUAGCCUUGUUGUUAUUCCCCCACCCAUUACACAUUAACUAUUCCCAUGGUUUCAGUGGUUUCAACCUGAAGUCUAAACGCGGUGUCUGUGACCCUAUUCACAAAGAGUUUCAGAGUAGGUGUGCUGAUCUAGGAUCAGUUUUGCCUUUUAGAUCAUAAUACAUACGAUUAUAUGAACAGGGGGGACCUGCCCUAGCACUCCUACUCUGAGACACUUUUUGAAUACAGACCCUGGUCUGUGGGAACCUGUUGCUACUGAGUGUGUGAUAAGUGAGAUGGAGAGGCGGUUGUUUUGAGGGACUGUUGCCAACUCUCACCCUGGCUACAUCUCACUCUCAUCCAAAGUGCACCAGAUACUAUAUCAGGCUAAAUGCAACAGUAGAUGUAAUAUCACAGGCAGUUGAUAAUGUGGAAGAGACGGCUGUCUACAACUUGAUUAUGCAAGGCAAAUGUUUACUUUAUGCAUCCUCAUUAGAGUCAUAUAUUGAAAUAUGUUGAUAUUACAGACCAUUAUUAGGUGCAACAGGUGUCGCUAUUUACGGUCACAUCAAUGUAGGCUGAGUUCACCAUGUUUGAGCCGCUCAUAGGUGUUUGUCUUGUUGUAGCUUACAGAACAAGGGGGUGGCAGUUUGCCAAUAGUAGUCAGUCAGAUUUCCAAUUAACGCUGAACACAAUAGAAUACACAGGAGGCUGGUGAGGGGAGGACGGCUCAUAAUAAUGGCUGGAAUGGAGUGAAUGGAAUGGUAUCAAACACUAGGAAACAAUGUGCUUGAUGUGUCAAUGUCAUUCCAUUAACUCCAUUCCAGCUAUUACUAUGAGCCUGUCCUCUCCAAUUAAGGUGCCACCAGCCCCCUGUGAUAGAAUAGUAUAGACUUGGCACUUGGCUCACUCAUCUUGACUGGCAGAGCAGUAUCCUGCUGUGUUUCCCCUUUGAAGACAUAAAAAGAAGGAAAGACUAGAGAGAAGGAAGAAUAAGGACUGGAUAAGACAAAUAAGCCCACAGUAAAGACACAAUAAAGUCCAAGGCUUAUCACAGUCUCUCUACUACUUGUAGGCUACAUUCUGCUCACUUUGUAGAUGUCUUUCCUCUGCUCACAUUGUAGAUGGCUUUCCCCUGCUCACAUUGUAGAUGGCUUUCCCCUGCUCACUUUGUAGAUGGCUUUCCCCUGCUCACUUUGUAGAUGGCUUUCCCCUGCUCACUUUGUAGAUGGCUUUCCCCUGCUCACUUUGUAGAUGGCUUUCCCCUGCUCACUUUGUAGGCAGAUGCAUGGGUUGUUUUCUGUACUGUAUUGUGUGUGUUUUCUGUACUGUAUUCUGGCUUUCAGUCAGUUGAUCCUGUUGCUUUGACAGCUUGGGUUUUAGGAUUAUGUGUUCAUAUAAAACCACAUACCAAUAACACUUCAAUACUUCUGAAUACUCCUCUGUUACAGAUUUUCACAUAAUAACACCUCAGAUUGAAAACAGAUGCUCCUCUAGUGGCCUUGCCUUGCAGCAGGGAUCUGAGAUUGCAUCUGAAAUGGCACCCUAUUACCUGUAUAGUGCACUACAGGCCCUCUGGUCAAAAGUAGUGCACUAUAUGGGGAAUAGGGUGCCAUUUGGGAUGCAUCCCAAGUCAUUUUGCUGAGGGUUGGUUGGUCAGUUGGGAGUCUGGUGUUUGGUGAUAGACUGUGUGUGCCCACCGAGGCGAGCCAUGGCACAGUGUCAAUCCCCUGUUGUUUUUAAUGAGGCACUAGUCCCGUGGUAAAUAUUUAAAAAUCUGUAUGAGACCAAAACCAAAGGCUUCACAGACGCCACUGACUUUCUGGGCUUUGUUGAUCAGGCGGUCAGAGUUCAAUGGUGCUAGUUCUCUGGAUGUCUACAUACACACACGCACACACACACGCACACACACUUUAAUAAUGUUUACAUACUGUUUUACCCACUUCAUAUGUAUAUACUGUGUUCUAGUCAAGGCUCAUCCUAUAGUGCCCUUGGUCCUUGGUCCUUUGUAGCUCAGUUGGUAUAGCAUGGUUGUGGGUUCGAUUCUUGGGAUCACCCGUACAUAAAGUGUAUGCAUGCAUAACUGUGAGUCGCUUUGAAUAAAAGUGUCUGCUAAACAGCAUAUUUUAUUAUUAUUAAUUUAUUUAGAGCCCCACAGUUGAGGUGUCAUAACACCCAUAAAACCUAGCGGUUAAACAGGGAAAUGGUUCCAAUCGUAUUUUCACCAUGAAUUUCUCCCAUAGGGGAUUUUAGGAACACUUAAAAUAAGGUCUGUGUUUCGUGUAGAUUUACCCUGGCCUGACGUUUUGAUAACCCCGUGAAUCUCUCUUGGACAAGGUGACUUUUAUCAAUAUAUUCGGCUCCAUUUACUCUCAGGUUCGCAAAUGCUAAUUAGCAUCAAAGUAGACAUCAUGCAAGACUACAAAUCCCUGCAAGCUCCUGCACGUCAUCUCAAGCUGACACCAGGUCCAUUUAAAGAAAUUAAGCCAAUUUAUUAAUUACUACAUUUAGCUAACAUUAGCUAGUUAAUCCAGAUAUUCUUACCUUUGCCUCGAUUCGGCAGUCUCAUCCAGAUCAUCAUGGCAUUUGUAGUUCUUUAUGAUAGCCACAUUAGCAGCUAAUUAGCAUUUAAUUUUGGGGGGGUUAAUACAGACAAAUAUAUUGAUAAAAGUCACCUUGUCCGAGAGAGAUUUACACGGUUAUCAAAACGUCACGCCAGGGUAAGCCUACACGAAACCCAGCCCUUAUUUUAAGUGUUUCUAAAAUCCCCUAUGGGAAAAAUGAAUGGAACCAUUUCCCUGUUUGACCGCUAGGUUUUAUGGGUAUUAUGACUCAUACUGUGGUACUCUAUAUAACAAAUGCUGUACUCACCUUUUCAAUAAAUUGUAUUGUCCAUACUGUCAAUUUCACACCAUUAUAUACAGUGCAGUAACACCUAACAAUACAAAACAAUACACACAAAUACACACAAAAACCAUUAAGAAAUACCAGAACGAGCAAUGUCAGAGUCCGGAAUAUAAUUAUAUGUAUACAGUACCAGUCAAAAGUUUGGACACACCUACUCAUUGAAGGGUUUUUCUUUAUUUUUACUAUUUUCUACAUUGUAGAAUAAUAGUGAAGACCUCAAAACUAUGAAAUAACACAUAUGGAAUCAUGUAGUAACCAAAAAAGUGUUAAACAAAUCAAAAUAUAUUUUAUAUUCUUCAAAGUAGCCACCCUUUGCUUGAUGACAGCUUUGCAAACUCUUGGCAUUCUCUCAACCAGCUUCAUGAGGAAUGCUUUUCCAACAGUCUUGAAGGAGUUCCCACAUAUGCUGAGCACUUGUUGGCUGCUUUUCCUUCACUCUGCAGUCCAAAUCAUCCCAAACCAUCUCAACAGGGUUGAGGUCAGGUGAUUGUGGAGGCCAGGUCAUCUGAUGCAGCACUCCAUCACUCUCCUUCUUGGUCAAAUAGCCCUUACACAGCCUGGAGGUGUGUUUUGGGUCAUUGUCCUGUUGAAAACCAAAUGAUAGUCCCACUAAGUGCAAACCAGAUGGGAUGGCGUAUCGCUGCAGAAUGCUGUGGUAGCCGUGCUGGUUAAGUGUGCCUUGAAUUCUAAAAAAAUCACUGACAGUGUCACCAGCAAAGCACCCCCACACCAUCACACCUCCCCCUCCAUGCUUCAUGGUGGGAACCACACAUGCGGAGAUCAUCCGUUCACCUACUCUGCGUCUCACAAAGACAUGGCGGUUGGAACCAAAGGACAGAUUUCCACCGGUCUAAUGUCCAUUGCUCGUGUUUCUUGGCCCAAGCAAGCCUCUUCUUAUUAUUAGUGUCCUUUAGUAGUGGUUUCUUUUCAGCAAUUCGACCAUGAAGGCAUGAUUCACGCAGUCUCCUCUGAAUAGUUGAUGUUGAGAUGUGUCUGUGACAUUUAUUUGGGCUGCAAUCUGAGGUGCAGUUAUUCUAAUGAACUUAUCCUCUGCAGCAGAGGUAACUCUGGGUCUUCCUUUCCUGUGGCGGUCCUCAUGAGAGCCAGUUUCAUCAUAGCACUUGAUGGUUUUUGCGACUGCACUUGAAGAAACUUUCAAAGUUCUUGAAAUUCUCCGUAUUGACUGACCUUCAUGUCUUCAAGUAAUGAUGGACUGUCAUUUCUCUUUGCUUAUUUGAGCUGUUCUUGCCAUAAUAUGGACUUGGUCUUUUAUCAAAUAGGGCUAUAUUCUGUAUACCACCCCUACCUUUUGAUGUCUUCACUAUUAUUCUACUAUGUAGAAAAUAGUAAAAAUAAAGAACGAGUAGGUGUGUCCAACCUUUUGACUGGUACUGUAUGUAUAAUAUAUAUUCCGGGCUCUGACAUUGCUCGUUCUGAUUAUUCUUAUUUAUUUAAUUUUUUUGAGGGGGGAGGAUUUGUUUGUAUUGUUUUGUAUUGUUAGGUAUUACUGCACUGUUGGAGCUAGAAACAUAAGCAUUUAGCUGCCCCUGCGAUAACAUCUGCAAAAUAUGUGUACGCGACCAAUAACAAUAAUGUUUGAUUUGAUUUGAUUUGACUAGACCAGCACAGAGCCUGUUGAGUUGUAUCGACAUACAGUACUGUUCUCCAUGUACUAUGUAUUAUCCAGUGUUCAUGAGCUCAUAAAUGAAGAUUAAAUGUGAAUCCAACUUCCUCUUUGCAGAUUGAGAUGCCUGGUGAAGCAGCUAGACAAGGGAGAAGUGAAUGUGGUGGACUUGAGGAAGAAUAUAGAGUAUGCAGCCUCUGUUCUAGAGGCAGUCUAUAUCGAUGAAACCAGGUGAGUGCAUUUCAGUUGAAUUAAAUACCAUGCAUGACUACAUCAAACAUAUUGCACUCUGCACCGUUAAAGGUAUGGGAAAUAACUGCACAAAUACAACUCACAGAAAAUAUGACUCAUAGAUAGUAACCUAUUCUGAUGAUCAAAUUCCUUGACAGAAUCGAGUGCAGUACAACCAGUGGUGUACCACAAGGGCAGUACUAUGUUGUUUUGGUGCCUUUGCUCAGACAAUUUUGAAAGAUACCUUUUCUAUGCAAACAGUGUCUUUGUGUCUGCUGAUCAAAGUCCAGUUCUCUCUGUGUCUCAGUUCACUCUGUGUAUCAGUUCUCUCUGUGUCUCAGCUCUCUCCCUGUGUCUCAGUUCUCUCUCUGUGUCUCAGUUUUCUCUGUGUCUCAGUUCUCUCUGUGUAUCAGUUCUCUCUGUGUAUCAGUUCUCUCUGUGUUUCAGUUCUCUCUUUGUGUCUCAGCUCUCUCUCUGUGUGUCUCAGUUCUCUCUGUGUCUCAGUUCUCUUUGUGUCUUAGUUAUCUCUGUGUGUCUCAUUUCUCUCUGUGUCUCAGCUCUCUCUCUCUGUGUCUCAGUUCUCUCUGUGUGUCUCAGUUCUCUCUCUGUGUCUCAGUUCUCUUUGUGUCUCAGCUCUCUCUCUGUGUGUCUCAGUUCUCUCUGUCUCAGCUCUCUCUGUGUCUCAGUUCUCUCUGUGUCUCAGUUCUCUCUGUGUGUCUCAGUUCUCUCUGUCUCAGCUCUCUCUCUCUGUCUCAGUUCUCUCUCUGUGUCUCAGUUCUCGCUGUGUCUCUCUGUGUCUCGUGCUCGUACAUAUGUGUGUGUGUGUGGUGAAGCCAGAGACGGGGAGUGAACAUCAGAGGGAAACGUCCGAUUACUCAAAGGAGCACUCAUCCACUCCAUGCUUUACUUCUUCUUGUGUGAAGCUUUCCAUCUCUCCAUGGAGGAGACUAUUAAACUAAAGUCUGACUGAGCCGCACAUCCCUCUCAGUCUGGGCUGUUGUGGCUGUAGUUGAUGAUACAGACUGCAGAGUGAGUCAGCUCAGUUGGGCUCUCCAGCGAUAAGCAGGUGUUGCCUAGCCUGUAGUCUGAUUGCAGAGCUUAUGUUUCUCUCUCUCUCUCUCUCUCUCUCUCUCUCUCUCCUCUCUCUUCUCUCUCUCUCUCUCUCUCUCUCUCUCUCUCUCUCUCUCUCUCUCUCUCUCUCUCUCUCUCUCUCUCUCUCUCUCUCUCUCUCUCUCUCUCUCUCUCUGUUCAUCCCAAAUGGCACCUUAUUUACUAUGUACACUCUUAGAAAAAAAGGUGCUAUCUAGAACCUAAAAGGGUUCAUCGGCUGUCCCCAUAGGAGAACCCUUUGAAGAACCCUUUUUGGUUCCAGGUAGAACCUUUUUCGGUUCAAAGUAGAACCCUUUCCCUACAUCUGUGCACUAGGGCUCUGUGCACUAAAAGUAGUGCACUAUAAAGAGAAUAGGAUGCCAUUUUGGAUGCAGACUUUGAUUGAAUCAUAUUUGUGUAGUAAUUGCAUUUCCCAUGAUCGUAAUAGAUUAUAAUUUAUUUUCAGCUCAGUUUUACAAUUUCAGAAUAAUUACUUGCAGAAGGAAGUCCUGCACCCUUAUCUCGAUUCCAUAAGCCUCAUUUCCUUAGGUUAGCAUCUAACCUAAUGUUGACAUUCUAUAAUCACAACUUUAAAAAGAUCUGCCUCUCUUUUCCUUCAUUGGCCACAUUUUCUUUCUCAUUAAAACUGAAGAUCUGUUUUACAAUUAAUAAAUCAACAAGGCUAUUUCCUCAGUAAAACAAGAUGAAGGGAAACUAAACAAAUUGCAGUGGAAAGAGAGGCUGUCAGUUAACACUUAAGAAGUCCAUUUACUGGGGAUCACAUAGUGAGGAUGAUGGUUCAGGGGCUCCAUACCAGGACAGGUAAAAAGGCAUUUGUUAAGACCUGGCCUCUCAACUCAUUACAGUCAGCAAUGGAAACAAAUUACACUUUUAUUAGCAACAUGCUAUUACUAUGCCCAGUGUGAGUGACAUUUAGCAUUUAGCUUUACUUUUGCAGGAUAUGGGUAAAAAGUGAAUGAGAGGGAAUGUGACACUCUUACAGGUGGGUUACAGGUAUGUAACAGGUGAAUAUCAGGUAGUAUGGUAUGGUACUGUUACAUUUGUGUGUUCCGAGUGACCUGGAGUCUGACUCUGUCCCUUGUUGCUCCCCUCCCAGGCGUCUUCUGGACACUGAGGAUGAGCUCAGUGACAUCCAGACGGACUCUGUCCCUAUGGAGGUGCGGGAUUGGCUGGCCUCGACCUUCACCAGGAAGAUGGGCGUGGUCAGGAGACGACCCGAGGAGAAACCACGGUUCAAGAGCAUUGUCCAUGCCGUGCAGGCUGGCAUCUUCGUCGAGAGGUACACACAUAUACACACAUGCGCACACACACACACACACACACACACACACACACACACACACACACACAGACACGUGCUGACACACAUACACACACACACACACACACACACACAACAAACCACAGUCUUCUUCGUCAAGAAGAACUGGAGGAUGUACUUUAUAUCAUGUAUGGGAAAAUAAACAUAAAGAAUUACAGUAGGCUAUCUACAUUAAUAAGUAUGCAGAGACAUUUAAGUACAGAUAAAUAAAAGAACAUACCAUCAAACCAUUAACACUUUUGUUAGAAGCUCCAAUGAAUUGCUUCUUGUGUUGUUCUUAAAAGAAACACAUAACUGUCAUUCUGCCUUUCAAUAGAAAAUGGUUAUUAUUAAAAACCUGCCUACUUCCAGUAAGUGGGCACAAACAUGAAUACAUAAAUCAUAUUGAGCAAUGCGCUUCCCUCAAUUGCUUUCGGUUGUAGUCUAAUAGUAUUAACUGUCAUUCUGCCAGUUAAUAAAAAUGGUCAGUAGUGAAUUCUUACUUACAGUGGGUAAUAACAUGAAUACAUAAACAUCAUUAACAGCAAUGCGUCUCGAUCUCCUCAAGAGCUGGUGCUAUGGCCUGUGUCUCACUCUUAUUUCCAUGGCAACUACUAGGCUCCUGAAUUGAAUAUUCCAAAAUGGAACCCACAAUGCAGGCAUUCUCAGUUCGACAGUUGGAAUUUACAUUACUUAGUUUAUUAUUCAAAUUUGUCAACCAAUAGAUUUGGAUGGUUUCUUCUUUUGUGGACAACACUAGAAUUUGAGUUAUAAAAUGUGUGUCCAUAUUCCAUUUGUUAAAAAUGUUGGAAGAUCUGUCUUUACAGUUAUAUAAUAUGUCCGUCAGACAGUAUGGUCUCUUCAGCCCAGAUUCUCCUGAGAAAAACGAAUGGGUCUAGGACUGAAAACACUCUCAGAGGAGACGAGAGAGGAGAAUACAGUCAAAGCCCAGCCUGCCAGAUUCUCCUUCUUCUCUUUUAUAAACUAGAUGUAGGAUGCAUCCCAAAUUGCAACCUAUUCCCUAUAUAGCACACUACAUUUGACCAAGGCCCAUAGAGAAUAGGGUGCCAUUUGGGACACAACCCUCUUCUCUUUUAUUAACUAGACACUUGAAGAACAGAGAGAACUUGGCUGGGCUUCCGACGUCACACCUUUCUUUGUUGCUGUUGCCAAAGCCCAAAUACAGUCUUUCUUUGGCCUUAUUUAACAGCCCUGUCUCAUCCCUCCCCUCACCCCUUUCAACACCCAGCAUUUGGUUCGGUUCUGGCCAGCGCCAAAAUAUUUGUAAUCUGCAAAGAAUGCCUGCUCAAAAGCCUUGCUGCCUUUUAUCUUUCAAAAAUUAAAUUACUGUUGAUCCCAUUACUAAUCGUUGACUGUAGCAGUUUGAUACCAUAAUGGGAAGAAUACAAUUGAAAUCAUUAGCCGUUGUUGGUUGUCUGUGUGUACAGUUUUCUAUGUAUACAAAGUACAUGUACAGGAGCUGCCCCAGCGGGCAAAACUCAUUGAAAUGAAAUCAUUAAAAGCAGUAUUCAUCAUAACAUUAUUUAAACCUGUUUUGCCCGCUGGGUGCAUCGCAGUUCUAUUGUCUAACCACCUAAUGGUUGUGUAUCUAUCUUCAGGAUGUACAGACGGACAUCUAACAUGGCUGGACUGACGUACCCUCCAGCUGCCAUCGCUGCUUUGAAGGUGCCUGAUACAUCAUAUUACUAUUACUAUAGUAUUACUAUUACUAUUAUACAUCAUACAUUAGGGACUGGUUUCCCAGACACAGACUAAAACUCAUGCUCAAUGGGGAAUCUCUUGUCUUGCUCAAUCUGUGUCGGGGAAACCGGACCUAUGAGAAAUUAAAGAUGAUGACAUCAGUCAAGCUACACUUUGAGAUAGGAAUGUUGACAUGCUAAAACAUUAAAGAGAUAAUAAACUGUGUCAUAUCAUGCAUAUAACUGCAGAAUAAAGGCUUUAUUAUAUCUGUACAAGAUGUACCUAAUUUUACAGCUGUUUUAGACUUUAUCAUAACAUCAUCAUAUUCUGGCAUUCAUAGCGAUGAUAAUCAAUAUGUGUUUUAUUAUAGAACACAAUGUGUGUUCUAUUUAAUUCUGUGCUGUCAUCAUCCCUGACAUCAUCUUAUUGUUUACAGGAUGUAGAUAACUGGUGCUUUGAUGUGUUUGUGCUCCACGAGGCCAGCAGUGAACACGCAUUAAAGUUCCUGGUGUACGAACUGCUCACCCGAUAUGACCUGAUCAACCGCUUCAGGGUUAGUCUCUCUUCAGUCUCUCUGUCAUCAGGCUGUGUGAGUUUGUUUGUUAACUAAGUAUUAUUCCUAAUCACCUCCUUAGCCUGUUCUAUACCACAAGCCUCUGUGUGUGUGUGUGUGUGUUACUCUGUCCUCUGUUCUAUACCACAAGCCUCUGUGUGUGUGUGUGUGUGUGUUACUCUGUCCUCUGUUCUAUACCACAAGCCUCUGUGUGUGUGUGUGUUACUCUGUCCUCUGUUCUACACCACAGGCCUCUGGUCUGGGUGCCUCAGAGGAACCUCCAACCUCACACUGUUUCUGUUCUGUUCUCUUUGUCUGGUUUUAUACUAUAGUUUCUACAUGUCCUCUAUUAGACGAGUGGUGAGAUUAUCACCAACACGUACUGCUACUGUGCUUUGAUCUGAAUGUGAGGAUUAUAUUUUAAUCAUAUGAUAAUAUGGUUACACUUUACUUGAAGGGCUACAUUCACUCUUAGAAAAAAGGGUUUCAAAAGGGUUCUUCGGCUGUCCCCAUAGAAUAACCCUUUUUGGUUCCAGUCAGAACCCUUUUGGGUUCCAUGCAGAACCCUCUGUAGAAAGGGCUCUACAUGGAACCUAAACCAGUUCUACCUGGAACCAAAAAGGGUUGUUCCUAUGGGGACAGCCGAAGAACCCUUUUAGGUUCUAGAUACACACUUAGAAAAAAGGUGCUAAGACUACAUGACAUACAGUGUUUUGCAGUUUUAAAACACAUUUUAUGCGAUUCUACUAAUUUUGCCAUGGAUGGAGAGAAAAUGUUACAGUUUCAAUGCUAUAUCCCCUGCAAUUCUACACAUUUUGCCAUGACUUAUGCCAUGUUCAUAUGAUAUCUGAGUGGGAGUGACUAACAAAAUCAAUGGGGGACCCCUGGAGAUCAGGGCCCCUAGUCAUGUGCCCUGUGUGCCCAGUCAGUAGGCUAAUUCGGACAUGAUUACUACAGUGAUUAGAUAGCUGGCUAGACUAACUUACCUAGCAAUCUAUAAAAUGUUAGCUGACAUGGGUUAAUUGAUUGACUGUCAGUGACUGACAUAACAGGAGGAAAACUGCUGAAGUACUACCAAAUGUCCACAUUGCAGAUUGUGUAUACAAGCCAGCAGCAUACCACCCUGCAUCCCACUGCUGGCUUGCCUCUGAAGCUGAGCAGGGUCGGUCCUGAUUAGUCCCUGGAUGGGAGACCAGAUGCUGCUGUAAGGGGUGUUGGAGGGCCAGUAGGGAGCACUCUUCCCUCUGGUCUAAGGAGAUCCCAAUGCCCCAGGGCAGUGAAGGGGACAUUGCCCUGCAUAGGGUGCCGUCUUUCAGAUGGGACGUUAAACGGGUGUCCUGACUCUGUGUGGUCAUUAAACAUCCCAUUGCACUUAUUGCAAGACUAGGGGUGUUAACCCCGGUGUCAUGGCUAAAUUCCCAACCUGGCCCCAUUCCAUCAUGGCCCCUAAUCAUCCCCCUCAUUCCUAAUUGAGAUAUAUCACUCUCUAGCUGAUGUGUGAUUAGCGUUCUGGCACAAAAAUGGUUGCCGUGCAUCACCCAGGUGGGUGCCACACAUUGGUGGUGGAUGAGGUGAGUUUCCCCCCACUAUGUAAAGCGCUUUGAGUACCUCAGUUGGUAGAAAAGCGCUAUAUAAAUCCAGUCAAAUAUUAAUUAUUAUUCUACCACGCUAUCUCUCAACAGUCAGUCGGGAGGCCCUACGCACAGCGUAUAGGUGGCCUUGUCACCUACAGAUUGUUACAUGUGUGGGUUUUGUCAUUCACAGCCAUACUGUCAUACUGUUCCUAGAAUCAAUGUGACAGCUAGGCUUUAAAUGGACACUCAAAUAUCCGAAGGAGCUCAGCUCUUUCAUUGUGAAUGUGAACGUGUGUGACGGAUGAUGCUCAUAUUUGAUUUAGGAAGAGCAGUGUUCUGGGCCUUACUCUGCUCUUAGUCUGAUUAAACAAAAUGAGUUAAGCUCACACAUAAGCUACAGUACACGUACACAUGAAGCCCCCACACGUGUCUCUCUCUGUCUCUCCAGCUUCGUUGGAGAAAAGAUAACUCUCGCACUCAUGCCAAUUUGGACAAUAAACAAUGUGCCAGAUGUAAUAUCUUGCAGGAGUGUGCAGGAGGGAUCUUUUCUCUAAGGAAGUCAACUCUGGGGAUGUAAUUCUAUGCACUACAAAUGAGAAAAGAGUAGUGGUGUGUGUGAUAGCAUUUCACUUCUGUCUCUCCAGCUGCCUUGAACUCACUGUGUUAGUCAUUGUCUGUAGUGGAAUUGGCCCUCUCUGACCAAGCAGAGCCACUCACCUUCCUGUUGUUCAUCUAGCGGACAAUUUGAGCUCUUGCUUUUGUUUUUGUCUGUUUAAUGUUGUGAGUUAUUUUUAUUUAUUUUUUACCUCCCUGUUCUUCCCCAGAUACCAGUGUCAUCUCUGGUGUCCUAACCUCCCUGUUCUUCCCCAGAUACCAGUGUCAUCUCUGGUGUCCUAACCUCCCUGUUCUUCCCCAGAUACCAGUGUCAUCUCUGGUGUCUUAACCUCCCUGUUCUUCCCCAGAUACCAGUGUCAUCUCUGGUGCCUUAACCUCCCUGUUCUUCCCCAGAUACCAGUGUCAUCUCUAGUGCCUUAACCUCCCUGUUCUUCUCCAGAUACCAGUGUCAUCUCUAGUGCCUUAACCUCCCUGUUCUUCUCCAGAUACCAGUGUCAUCUCUAGUGCCUUAACCUCCCUGUUCUUCUCCAGAUACCAGUGUCAUCUCUAGUGCCUUAACCUCCCUGUUCUUCCCCAGAUACCAGUGUCAUCUCUAGUGCCUUAACCUCCCUGUUCUUCUCCAGAUACCAGUGUCAUCUCUAGUGCCUUAACCUCCCUGUUCUUCUCCAGAUACCAGUGUCAUCUCUAGUGCCUUAACCUCCCUGUUCUUCUCCAGAUACCAGUGUCAUCUCUAGUGCCUUAACCUCCCUGUUCUUCUCCAGAUACCAGUGUCAUCUCUAGUGCCUUAACCUCCCUGUUCUUCUCCAGAUACCAGUGUCAUCUCUAGUGCCUUAACCUCCCUGUUCUUCCCCAGAUUCCAGUGUCAUCUCUGGUGUCCUUCGUAGAGGCUCUAGAGGUGGGCUACAGCAAACACAGAAACCCCUACCAUAACCUGAUCCACGCUGCCGAUGUCACACAGACAGCACACUAUCUGAUGCUCCACACUGGCAUUAUGGUGAGUCUCACAUGCACGCACGCACACACACAGACAGAGGUUGGUGCAAUGGGGAUGCAAUGAAUUGUCCCCCAGCAUAAUAGACAGAUCAAAGAACAGGUUCUGAUUGUGUUACAUUUACACUUGUUAUUAGACUAGAGAGCCAUGCUGAGGUAAUGAAGGGUUUAAACUAAAGGACUCUCUCUCUCUCUCUCUCUCUCUCUCUCUCUCUCUCCCUCUCUCUCUGUCUCUCUCUCGGUUACUCUCUCUCUCUCUCUCUCUCUGUCCCUCUCUGUCUCUCUCUGUCUCUCUCUCUCGGUUACUCUCUCUCUCUCUCUCUCUCUCUCUCUCUCUCUGUCCCUCUCUGUCUCUCUCUGUCUCUCUCUCUCGGUUACUCUCUCUCUCUCUCUCUCUCUCUCUCUCUCUCUCUCUCUCUCUCUCUCUCUCUCUCUCUCUCUCUCUCUCAUUUCAAUUUAAGGGCUUUAUUGGCAUGGGAAACAUAUGUAAACAUUGCCAAAGCAAGUGAAGUAGAUAAUAAACAAUAGUGAAAUAAACAAUAAAAAUGAACAGUAAACAUUACACUCACAAAAGUUCCAAAAUAAUAAAGACAUUUCAAAUGUCAUAUUAUGUGCAAAUAGUUAAAGUACAAAAGGGAAAAUAAAUAAACAUAAAUAUGGGUUGUAUUUACAAUGGUGAUGGUUCUUCACUGGUUGCCCUUUUCUUGUGGCAACAGGUCACAAAUCUUGCUGCUGUGAUUGCACACUGUGGAAUUUCACCCAAUAGAUAUGGGAGUUUAUCAAAAUUGGGUUUGUUUUCUAAUUCUUUGUGGAUCUGUGUAAUCUGAGGGAAAAGGUGUCUCUAAUAUGGUCAUACAUUUGUCAGGAGGUUAGGAAGUGCAGCUCAGUUUCCACCUCAUUUUGUGGGCAGUGUGCACAUAGCCUGUCUUCUCUUGAGAGCCAGGUCUGCCUACGACGGCCUUUCUCAAUUGCAAGGCUAUGCUCACUGAGUCUGUACAUAGUCAAAGCUUUCCUUAAUUUUGGGUCAGUCACAGUGGUCAGGUAUUCUGCCACUGUGUAAUCUCUGUUUAGCAUUCUAGUUUGCUCUGUUUUUUUGUUAAUUCUUUCCAAUGUGUCAAGUAAUUAUCUUUUUGUUUUCUCAUGAUUUGGUUGGGUCUAAUCUCUCUCUCUCUCUCUCUAGCACUGGCUCACUGAACUGGACAUCCUAGCAAUGGUGUUUGCUGCAGCUAUCCAUGACUUUGAACACACUGGGACAACCAACAACUUUCACAUUCAGACCAGGUGUGUGUGUCAGUAUUCUUCCUGAAGUUUCCUACGAAUGGUGCAAACUUCUUCUUCUUCUUUCAGUAGGCAUUUUUAUUCCUGAAGUUUGACACAACACUUAGCUACUGUAUCACUGAUCGUGAUCCACCUAAUGGAUAUAUUAUUUAUUUCUAUUUCCAUUCAUUCCAUUUGAUUCCAUCCUACCAAUACCAAUGUUCAACUGAACAUGUCCUUGUAUUGUACUUUUAGUACAGCUUUUGCCUCCGAGACAGACAGUGCAGUCAGUCUGACCCUGACUAAUGAAUGCCAAUGGAGCCUUAAGAAGGGAACAUGGUCGUAUAAAGAGCCCAUUUAAGUGAAGGCACCCAUUUAAAGAACCCAUUAAAAUGAAGUGCACAAUGUGAAUACUCAAUAUUGCAGCAUUGACCUCAGUGAUAAGGGACAGCAGAGAGAGAGAGAGAGAGAGAGAGAGAGAGAGAGAGGAGAGAGAGAGAGAGAGAGAGAGAGAGAGAGGUAGAGGAGAGAGAGAGAGAGAGAGAGAGAGAGAGAGAGAGAGAGAGAGAGAGAGAGAGAGGAGAGAGAGAGAGAGAGAGAGAGAGAGAGAGAGAGAGAGAGAGAGAGAGGAGUCCUUUAGUUUAAACCCUUCAUUACCUCAGCAUGGCUCUCUAGUCUAAUAACAAUUGAUCAGAAAGGCCACUGGUACUUUAGAUAUGAGGGUUGUGGUGAAAUGGAAAAUUAUGGUAUUGUCUAAACUCUCCCUCUGUGAUUAUUUUCUAUCUCCAAACUGCCCUAGCACUGGAGUAAAGUACUACUAACUGUCUCAUUAGUUUUUUCUCAUUUUACUUAUAAUUACAUUUAGAAAAAUGAAUACAAUAUUAUUUGUCUCGGAACAACUACUUUCUAAUGUGGUCCUGUUCUGCAACUUACCCAAAGUUGAAAUGAGUUUUCUCAUUAGGAGAAUCUGGAAUUCUCAUUUCGCUACCAUUACAUAAAAAAUAAAAAAACAUUUUAGUAAUUUAGUAGACACUCUUAUCCAGAGCGACCUACAGGAGAAAUUAGGGUAAAGUGCCUUGCCCAAGGGUACAUCAACAGAUUUCACCUAGUCGGCUCGGGGAUUCAAACCAGCGACCUUUCGCUAGGGUACCUGCUGCCCCAUCUCAAAUAGCUACCAUUGCUAUCGUAUCUUAAUCGCUAUCAUAAUUUCAAAACUGCUGCCAUACAGGUUGGCUACCUGGUAAAGUAAGCUAGCCUGGGAACCGCCAUGUAGCACAAUGACUAAUCACACGGUGAUUCACACCUUCUCUUCCCUUUUCUUCUGCUCCUUCUCUUCCUCUAUCCAGGUCAGAGGUGGCCAUCUUGUACAACGACCGGUCAGUCCUGGAGAACCACCAUGUCAGUGCUGCCUACAGACUUAUGCAAGAGGAUGAGAUGAACAUACUGGUCAACCUGUCAAAAGAUGACUGGCGGUGAGUUAAGAAAGACUCCUCAGAUCCUCAGUGUUUGGGGUUUUAGGCUGUAAAGCACUUAGUGACAACUGCUGAUGUAAAAAGUGCUUUAUAAUAUACAUUUGAUUAAUAGAUUGAGAUCACCACUUCAAAGAACGAAAGGGCUAGUACUGUAACAUAAUCUGGAUACUUAGCCUUGACUUUAGGUUUGGAUACGAAUGUGGUGUGGUGUGGUAUGCCAACGCAAGACUAUAAUAUAAACUGGAGGAUAGAAAGGAUAUUUCACUCUAUCAGUGAUCAUGGAAAGUCCCACAGGCUCACACCUGUCAUUAGGUACUGUAUAGAAAUUCUAUGCUAGGGGUUGUUGGAAGUGGAAGCGGUGCUAGACAUCAUACUAUGUUCUUGUCCUGGAGAAUCAAAGAACAGCUGGAGUGGAGGCUAGGUGGAAACUAACCCUGUUCUCCUGUGUGUGUUUCCAGAGAGGUGUGGACCUUGGUGAUUGAGAUAGUCAUGAUUACAGACAUGUCCUGCCAUUUCUCUUUAACCUAACUCUAACCUGUCUGUCUGUCUGUCUGGCUGUGUCUAUGUCUGUCAGAGAGCUGCGGACCCUGGUGAUUGAGAUGGUGAUGAGUACAGACAUGUCCUGCCAUUUCCAGCAGAUCAAAACCAUGAGGAACGCCCUGCAGCAGCCCGAGGGGUGAGUGGACUGUCUCUGGACACUGACCUAUGACCUCUAACCGCUGAACCCUUACCCCUAACCCCUAUCCCUUAGCCCUAGCACUCUGGACCAUGCCUUUCUUUCUUUCAUCAAGUUUUAAUGUCACAUGCACAAGUACAGUGAAAUCCUUUAUUGCAAACUCAAAGCCAACAAUGCAAUAAUCAAUAACAAUGUAUUACUAAACUGAAAAAAACACGAGAAAUAAGAAUAAGAAAUAUGAAAUACACAAUAAAGUAAGUAAGUCAGCAUACUAUAAGUCAGUUCCAAUACCAUAUUUACAUGUGCAGGGAUACUGGAGUGAUGGAGGUAGACAUGUAUAGGGGUAAGGUGACUAGGCAAGAGGAUAUAAGAUACACAGAGUAGCAGCACCUUGCAUGUGAGUGGGUGUGCGGGUGUGUAGAGUCAGUAUAAAUGUAUGUGCAUAUUAUGUGUGAGAAAAUUAUGGAGUGAGUGUUUGUGUGUGUGUUGGAGUGCCACUGUGUGUGAGUGUGUAGGUCCCUGUGUAAAUAGUCUAUGGCUUGGGUGGUUGGGGUCUUUGACGAUUUUCCGGGCCUUGUUUUCACACCGCCUGAUAUAGAGGUCCUGGAUGACAGGGAGCUCGGCCCCAGUAAUGUACUGGGCUGUUCGCACAACCCUCUGUAGCACCAUGCGAUCGAGGGCGGUGCUAUUGCCAUACCAAGCAGUGAUGCAGCCAAUGGUACAGCUGUAUAACCUUUUCAGGAUUUGAGGGCCCAUGCCAAAUUUUUUCAACCUCCUGAGGGGGAAGAGGCACUGUCACGCCUUCUUCACGACUGUGCGUGUGUUUGGACCAUUUUAAGUCUUUAGUGAUUUGGACACAGAGGAACUUGAAGCUGUCUACCUGCUCCACUGCUGCCUCGUCGAUGUGGAUGGGGGCAUGCUCCCCCCCCCCCCCAUUUCCUGUAAUCCACAAUCAGCUCCUUGGUCUUGCUGAUGUUGAGGGAGAGGUUGUUGCUCCGGCACCACACUGUCAGGUCACUGACCUCCCUGUAGGCUGACUCGUCGUCGCCGGUGAUCAGGCCUACCUCUGUCAUGUCGUCAGCAAACUUGAUAAUGGUGUUGGAGUCGUGUGUGGCCACACAGUCGUGGGUGAACAGGGAGUACAGGAGGGGACUAAGCACACACCCCUGUGGGGCCCCUGUGUUAAGGGUCAGUGUGGUGGAGAUGAUGUUGCCUACCCUCACCACCUGGGGUCGGCCCGUCAGGAAGUCCAGGAUCCAGUUGCAGAGGGAGGUGUUCAGACCCAGAGUCCUAAGCUUGGUGACGAGCUUGGAGGGGAUAAUGGUGUUGAAUGCUGAGCUGUAGUCAAUGAACAGCAUUCUCACAUAGGUAUUCCUCUUAUCUAGGUGGGUGAGAGCAGUGUGGAGAGCAAUUGAGAUUGCUUCAGCUGUGGAUCUGUUGGGAUGGUAUGCAAAUUGGAGUGGGUCUAGGGUGGCUGGGAUGGUGGAGUUAAUGUGUGCCAUAACCAGCCUCUCAAAGCACUUCUUGAUUACAGAAGUGUGUGCUACAGGAAGGUAAUCAUUGUUGCAUGAAGCCUUAGAGAUCUUAGGAACAAGGAUGAUUGUGGUCAUCUUAAAACAUGUGGGGAUUACAGACUGGGACAAGGAGAGGUUGAAAAUGACUGUGAAUAUGCCUGCCAGCUGUUCUGCGUAUGCUCUGAGAACGCGCCCUGGAACGUGCCCUCAAUCCUACGUGUGUGUGUGUGUGUGUGUCACUCUGUCUCAGUGUAUCAUUUUGUGUGUUAGCUGAUAUACUGUUGUAUCUACAGAGUAGACAAGGCUAAAGCCUUAUCUCUGAUGCUGCAUGCAGCUGACAUCAGCCACCCAGCCAAGGCCUGGAAGCUGCACUACCGAUGGACACAGGCCCUGAUGGAGGAGUUCUUCAGACAGGUACAGUACAAACAGUCCCACUGCUACAGUGCAUAGUCACUGACAGAAACCAUGGAAGAGAGAAACUUGAGUGUUUCAGCACUGUAUUCUGUAUGUAUCCCACUUCUGACACCUGUAUUGUUAAGGAGAUGGGACACCAUUCUGAUAGCUUCAGGAAUAUCUUCACUCGGAUAAACUGGUUAUGUUAUACAGAGCAUUAUGGGUAUUGUAGUACAUCAUGCUACAGUAUACAGUGUUGUUGUUUUCUUACAGGGCGAUAAGGAGGUUGAGUUAGGGCUGCCAUUCUCUCCUCUGUGUGAUCGUAAAGCUACAAUGAUUGCACAGUCACAAAUAGGUGAGCGUCACACCCUGUUAUUGGCCUCACUGUGAGCUGUUUCAUUCAGCAUAGGUUUGUAUACUCCGACAGGCCAUAGCUCAAAUGGGCCACCAUGUGGACAUUUGAGAAAGUAUUUUAUAUUUUUCCCUUUAUAUGAUAAAGCAUGGGACUCUACACUGUCUGUCCUCAUAUAUUGCUGUUACUGUAACAUCACACACAUCGUUUUUCUCCUGUUUCUCCAAAAAGUACAAUCGUCAGUGUGAGCGAGUCAUGCCCGUUUUUCUUCUCAAAUGGUUGUCUGUCUCGCAGGGUUCAUUGACUUCAUAGUGGAACCCACAUUCUCUGUGUUGGUGGACACGACAGAGAAGAUCAUUACCCCUCUAAUAGAGGAUACCUUAAAGUCACACGACACUGGCGUCCGCAGGUCAAGGUGGGACACAUUCCUAAUAUUAUACACUCAGUUUUCCCAGUUUAACAUUCAAAAUGCCUACCAGUAUCAUCAGUAGGCUUACCACAUUCUCGAUCUUCAAUCUCUAUGGUCGAUCGAAGCUGUGGAGUAAGCAACCAAGUAUUACUCCAGUGUUUUCUGUUCUAUUUAAUUGAUGUCCAUUUUAGGACAGCCUCACAAGGAGUUGGUGUCAUAUAUUUGACAGAAUAGACGUAAUUUGACAGAGUUUCUAUACUAUGUUGCUCAGUUUGACGGGUAGUGGGUCGGUGACGGUGGUGGAGUCAGUCCAGAAACACAGUGGCCGAGGAUCCAGCCAGGGGGUUGACCAGGGUCUCGCUACAGACUAUAGCCUGACUGGCAUCAACCUGAAACGGGUCAGACACACACUGGCAGAGGUCAUCCAACACAACAAAGAUCGAUGGAAGGAGCUCUCUGUCCACGGUAUAGUAGUCUUCUUCUUCUUCUUUAGUCACCUGAAUUACAUUUACAUUUGAGUCAUUUAGCAGACGCUCUUAUCCAGAGCGACUUACAGUUAGUGAGUGCAUACAUUAUUUUUUUAUUUUUCAUACUGGCCCCCCGUGGGAAUCGAACCCACAACCCUGGCGUUGCAAACGCCAUGCUCUACCAACUGAGCUACAUCCCUGCCGGCCAUUCCCUCCCCUACCCUGGACAACGCUGGGCCAAUUGUGCGCCGCCCCAUGGGUCUCCCGGUUGCGGCCGGCUACGACAGAGCCUAGAUUCGAACCAGGAUCUCUAGUGGCACAGCUAGCACUGCGAUGCAGUGCCUUAGACCACUGCGCCACUCGGGAUAAUUAAUACCUUUCCUUCUUUCAGUGUUCUAUGUUCCUUCCAUUGUCAGAAGACUAUGUAUGACAGUAGAUGUUCUCUUUGCUUGUGUUAUCUUGUUUCCUCAGAAUUGGCGAGUAAAGAGCGAGCUGAGUUGAACACUGACCCAGAGGAGGAGGAGUCCCAGAUGAACACAGGGGUUACGUUGACUCACACCAGCCCUGAGAGACACAGCCAGGAGCUCCAAUCAGAGCCCUUCAAUGAACUGAUGAACAACACAAACUCCAAUAACUCUUCCCAGGAGGACUCAGAGCUGGACAACCAUCCUCACAGUCCUCUGUCUCCAUGUGAGGAUAAAGAGACAAGAUCACCUGACUCCAUCUCUCCUGAAUGCCUACCAUGGAACGGUAGGAAUGUUAGCUAGCGAUAUGAUACGGUACAAUAUGACAUGAUACAAUAUGAUAUGGUACGAUAUACAAUACGAUAUACGACACAAUAUACAAUACAAUAUACAACACAAUAUAUGAUACGAUGUACAAUACGAUACAACAAUGCAACAUAAUGUAGUGCAACGUAACAGAACACAACACAGUACACCAAGUAAUGUCAUGACUUUUUACAAUUCUGUGUCCUGUCAGUAGGUUAUAGCUAUGUAGUAUUUCUCUCAUCUCUAUAAUCGUAUUGUCAGUCACGACAAUUGUCAGUCACGACGAUCUGUGACUGCGGAGUGGAGGGUUGUCAAGGUUACAGCUGUGUGAUGCUGUGUUGUCAUGGAAACUGUUGUUGUUUGCAGGAGAAGGCCCCGGGGCAGUCCUUGAGUCGGGGGAGGAGUCUCUUCAGAGCCCUUGAUUCUGAUAAGCUACCCAACAACGUUGCCACUUCCUGAUUCAUCGUAUUUAUUGUACAUUUGUUCUGAUUUAUUUCAUUUUCAGUCUAUUAUUGUAUUGUUAUUUAUUAAAGAUAGGGGUCUUCUUGCUCCUCUUUGCACC